UUCGGGAUGUUUUGCGGGAGGGACCGGAAGAGGUGGAUCCUUUCGCGAUGUGGGGAGGCCGCAAGCUGAGCUCCUCCGGGAGUCGGUUUUUAGGAGCGCAUAGGUCGGCGUUCCGGGGCACACAGGCUGAUUGUCCUCGCUUAACCACGUCGGCAGCUUAUUCAAAAAAUCAGCUCAGUUGGACUCUACAAAUUAGACCAUCGGUUUUCAGUGAAUACAGAAUCAUGUGUUUCAAAUCCUAUAGCAUGACUUUUGCCUGCCUGAAUAGGAUGAAAAGUUACAGACUCCCUUGGACAAGACUGUACAGUACUUCCCGGACCACUGUAGACAGCAGCGAGGUGAAGACCUUCCUGGCCUUGGCGCACAGGUGGUGGGACGAGCAAGGAGUAUAUGCACCUCUUCACUCUAUGAACGACCUGAGGGUGCCGUUCAUUAGAGACAAUCUUUUAAAAACAGUUGCUGAUCACCAGCCAGGAAAACCUUUGUCUGGGAUGAAGAUUCUUGAUGUUGGCUGUGGUGGUGGAUUGUUAACGGAGCCUCUAGGGCGGCUUGGGGCUUCAGUUAUUGGAAUUGAUCCUGUGAAUGAGAACAUUAAAACAGCACAGCACCAUAAAUCAUUUGACCCAGUCCUGGAUAAGAGGAUAGAGUACAGAGCUUGUUCCCUGGAAAAGAUUGUGGAAGAAACUGCAGAAACAUUUGAUGCUGUCAUAGCUUCUGAAGUUGUAGAACAUGUGAUUGAUCUAGAAACGUUUAUACAGUGCUGCUGUCAAGUGUUAAAACCCGGUGGUUCUUUAUUCAUUACUACAAUCAACAAAACACAGCUGUCCUAUGCCUUGGGAAUUGUUUUUUCAGAGCAGAUUGCAGGUAUUGUACCAAAAGGUACUCAUACAUGGGAGAAGUUUGUUUCACCUGAAAAGCUAGAGAGCAUUCUGGAAUCAAACGGUCUGUCAGUUCAAACUGUGGCAGGAAUGCUCUACAACCCCUUCUCAGGUUACUGGCAUUGGAGUGAAAACACCAGCCUUAAUUAUGCAGCUCAUGCCGUGAAAUCCAGCAUCCAGGAACACCCAGCUCCUGCCGAGUUUGCUUUAAAGGAGGAAACAGAAGAGCUCAGAACUGAAACCUCCACCAACUCAGGUGUGCAUGAAGAGCUGAAGAAAUGAAUUGUUUCUAAGGACUGUAGUAAAAUGGCUUGAAAGUCUGAUGUUUACAAAUACACAAAAUAUACCAUUUGUCUUUUGAGACAGGAUCCUAAAGAAAAGAAAGUCAAUAGAAAGGGCUAAAACCUUAGAUAAAAGCUUUUGUUGUUUCAUCUAAUAGCUACCUUCAAGGGGUUAGUCUAUGGAUUAAAAAAAGUUUUGAUGAGGUAUUAUGUGAUCUAGGAGUUUAAGUUUCUCAGCCUUUGUUAUAUAAAUAGGGUAUACAUAUUUCACUUCAUCUUACAGAUUAUAUAUUUUUCCCGCAUGUAUGCACAUACAUAUAUACUGUAAUGUUUUAAUUUAAGUAAAUUUGUAUCAUCUAGGUUCUUCUUUAUUUGGUUUUAGUUAAAGGCAGUUAUGCUUCUGACUGGUUUUAUUUUAUACCAGUUAUAUUUAGGAAGAUAAAAUGUCUUUUUUCCUUUAAAUUUUGGUUUUUGGAAAGCAAAUUGAUUGUUAAAUAUAUACUGGGUUUGGUCAAACAUUAGAAUCAAGAAUUUCAGAUUAUGUUGGACAUUUUUCUCUGUACAGUUCUAUAAAUGUUUUGUGGUGCCUUUUUUUUUAAGUAGAAAAAAUUUUUGAACUCAAUUUAAGAGUUUAGUUAUGGAAAUUUUCUUUUUUGGCUAACAUUUUGUAAUUAGAAGGACUGACUUGAAAUAUACUUUCACGCCUCUUGAA